AAAACUAUUUGCACAGAACAAAAAAUCUAAGGGGGAAAGCCCUAUCUUGUUUCCCGACGAAGAGUCUGGAACUGAAACAGUUUGAGUUUGCAGUAUCAUCAAAAGAAGAAGAAGAAGAUGUUGACAGCAUGCAGAAUCCCCCCAAUCCUAACACCCUCUUCUUCCUCCACUUCUCAUUUCUCGCCCUCAAUUACAACAACCAGAGUCACUCUCUCUUCUUCUUCUUCUUCUUCUUCUUCCAAAUCACACUCCAAACUUCCUCUCUUUGCCAGGUUCACUCGUAGUUGCAGCAGCAGCAGUAGCAAUAACGGUCAUUCUGAUCAUUCCACUGCUCCCGCCUCUCCCGAAAUUGAUGAAGUUGAAAGUGAAUCAUCUUCUGACUUUGGUGAUAGCUAUGUGGCCUUGUUUGUUCGUAUGUUAGGCCUAGAUCAUGAUCCUCUUGACAGAGAACAAGCUAUAAUUACUCUUUGGCAAUAUUCACUUGGUGGAAAGAAGUAUAUUGACAAUAUAAUGCAAUUUCCUGGUUGUAUUAACCUUGUUGUCAACCUCCUUAGAGCAGAAUCUAGUUCGGCUUGUGAGGCAGCUGCAGGCCUUCUGCAAUCACUAUCUUCAAUUGACCAAUAUAGGAAUUCUGUAGCAGAUAGUGGAGCUAUAGAAGAGAUAAAUAGAUUGCUGACACAGUCUUCCUUGGCUUCUGAGGUAAAGGUGCAGAGUUUGAACAUGCUGUGGAAUUUAUCCGUUGAUGAGAAGCUCCGAGUUAAAAUUGCAAAGAGCGAUCUUCUUUUGUUAGCUAUGAAGUACCUCGAUGAUGAGGAUAUGAAAGUGAAGGAAGCUGCAGGGGGUAUUUUGGCAAAUUUAGCAUUGAGCCAUGUUAACCAUGACAUGAUGGUUGAAGCAGGUGUUAUUCCAAAAUUGGCGAAGUUCUUACCAUAUGAGUCCGAAGUAUCUCGGGUCAUUAGAAAGGAAGCAAGGAAUGCAUUGCUAGAACUUGUGAAGGACGAUUAUUACAGAAUUCUUGUUAUUGAGGAAGGUUUAGUUCCUGUGCCAUUAAUAGGUGCUGCAGCCUAUAAGUCAUACAACCCACGUUCAUACGAGGCACCUGCAUUUCCAGAUGGCACAGAAAUCGAAAGGACUUAUGACAAACCUUCUAGAUUUGGCGCAGCAGAAUUACUUAUUGGAUUGAAUGUUGAUAAUAAUGCUAACGUAGAUGAAGCAAAAGUCAAUGCAAUUAUUGGACAGACACAACAACAAUUCCUUGUUCGUGUUGGUGCUAUUGAAAUGGAAGAAACAUCAACUCGUUCUGAAUGUUCAGAUGAUCAGCCGCGUCUGACACUCUUACAUUGGAUCGACGGUGUUGCUCGUUUAGUGCUGAUACUAGAACUAGAAGAUAAGUCAGCAAUAGUAAGAGCUGCAGAGUCAAUUGCUAGUGCAUGUAUAAAUGAACAUAUGCGUAUUGCAUUCAAGGAGGCUGGUGCAGUUAGGCAUUUAGUACGGCUUUUGUCUUGGAAUGAUAAUGCAGUCCAGCUGGCAGCGACGCAAGCUUUGGAAAAGCUGUCUGCUAGCAAUGUUGUUUGCCGAGUAAUUGAAACCGAAGGUGGUUUAGCUCCUUUAGUUAGUAUUUUAAAAUGCUCAGACGUAGCUGGAGCUAUUGCGGAAAAGUCGUUGAACGUACUUGCUCAGAUAUUAGAUCCCAAUAAAGAGAUGCAGUUAAAGUUUUAUGAUGGACCAGUUAAUGGAUCUAAGAAGGCAUUUGAUGGAGCCGAUGAUGGAUCAAAGGAAUUAAGUAGUACCGAGCAAGCCGUAUCGAAAACAAACCCAAGGAGCGAUAUACUGAACUCAGUUUUCACUGCACGCCUUGUGGAGAUUUUGAAGUCCUUUUUACCCAGUUUACAAGAAAAAGCCGCAUCUGUUCUUGAGUUUGUGGCAUUGAUUGAUCCAACACUGAGUCCGAUUAUUUCUGUUGAUAUUGAAAUUGGUCUCAAUUCUACUUUUCAGCAAAAUCUCUUGAAAAUUUCGGAGACAAAAUUUGACGUGGAAGAUCAGUUUUCAGCAGCAUAUGCUAUUGAACUUGAAGAGGCCGGUCUUGCAAUAUCUGCAGCAUCCCGGUUACUGACAAGACUACUUGACUCUAAGCAGUUUCGCGAAAAAAUAAAUGUCUCCCAUUUCAUUGACACGCUCCGCAAAAUUCUCAAGACCCACAUUCCCCUCCGCAGCAAGGAUUGGGUAGCUGCUUGCCUAGUUAAACUAAGUUCUCUCUCUGGUUACGACACGAGUACUAAUCCGAUCAACGUAGAUGUUACACUUUAUGAUACAAUUCCGAGACUUGUAGAACAAAUCAAAACUUCAUUCUCUUUAGAAGCACGGGAAAAAGCUGUUGUAGAACUUAGUAGAAUAGUAUCUGAAGGGGUGGUAGAUUCCACAGAACAUAUUAUUUCAGAAGGGGCUGUGUAUUCUUUGGUGAAGCUGAUUGAAGAAGGUAACGAAAGAGGUAUUGAAGCAAGCUUGAAAAUACUGUACAAUCUGAGUAUGGACAGUGAGAAUCAUUCAGCCCUUCUAGCUGCUGGAGCAGUCCCAGCCUUAAGAAGAAUUGUUCUGUCAGAAAAACCACAGUGGCAAAGGGCACUUCAUUUGCUCAGGAGUUUGGAAACAUGAUGAGUCCAAGGGAAGGAAUCUUUAAACAAUUGUUAUGCUGUAGUGUUGUACUUUAUUAUAUGUUUAGAAGAAAAUCUUUGGUCCUUAUUUGUAAAAGGUAUUUUGAUUCUACUAGUGGAUUCUUGGUUAUGUAUCUUAGUUUUGGACCAGUUGAGGGCAAAGUCUACUUGGGAUUAUGAUGAUAUAUGAACUCGAGAAAUUCUAUAAUUGGUUAUCAAUGAUGACGUGCUACGCUGAGUAUGCAUAAUCAUCUAUGUCGUAAGUCAUAAGCAUUUUGAAAACA